CAUCUCCAACUCAAUCAUUUGGUAACAGUCCACUUUUAAGUAAUUGCCAAAAAUCUCAACACCCAGAUUUUUGAACAUUUGGUCCUUCGGGCCGGAUGGUUGAGUUGGAAUAAUCAUUCAUUCAUAUCACAUUCUUCUCAAAAGGUCAUGUCUCAAAAGUCGGGAAGAUCUUCUCCAUCUCCAAAAGAGGAUGACGCUCAACUCCAGGUCCCUCCUACUCGAUCAUCCAGAUCUUCCACAUCUUCGCAGCCUGAUGUGGGACCUCAAACUCGCUCGGCUGGUCUUCCCACCAACCUCAAAUUGAAAGUCGCUACUCAACUGAGUAGACUACAACUCAUGAAGGACAUCUUCUCCAAGCUGUCCAACAUCUCAACAUGGACUGUGCAAGACCUGUCACACACUCAAGAACAGCUGCAAGACCUUCAUAAGAACUUCUCAAAGACUCACUCGUAUUUUGAGUCAGCGUGGCCUGAGUCUUGUCUCGACCACGAAUACUUCGCAUCCUCAGUCUUCUUCGAGGAAUACUCUCUAUACCAAUCAGCCAUCUCGAAAUUAAUACAACUCAAUAUGUCACUCAAUCCUGUGGAUUCACAGCCAUCCACUUCUGCUCAAGCCCCUCAGCCUUCUCAAACUCGUCCUCGAUUGCCUGACAUCUCAAUUCCCACCUUCUCAGGCGACUUCUCAAAAUGGCCUGCAUUCCGAGACCUUUUUCAAUCACUCGUGAUCAAUAGCACCUCAAUUUCUGACAUUGAAAGGUUACAUUACCUUCGCACAUGUCUCUCUCACGAACCUCUCGACGCCAUCUCUAGUCUUCCCUUAACGGAAGUCUCUUUUCCCAUAGCUUGGAAGAAGCUUAUGGAUAAAUAUGAAAAUAAAAGGCUGCUCCUCUCUUCUCAAUACUCAAAACUUCUCUCCUUCUCAUUGGCGAAUCAGAAAAAUUCUACCGCCUCAUCUCUUCGUCAAUUUAUUGACAGCAUCGUCAAUCCUCUCCAAAGUUUGAAAGCUCUAGGUGAAGAUCUAGAGCAGAAUAACAAUCUCUUGGUGUUCCAUAUCAUCAAUCGUAUGGAUCACGCCUCUCGCACUCAUUGGGAAACUCUCAUCUCCUCUAAUAACGAAUUUCCCUCCUUCGCUCAGUUGAUGGAGUUCCUCCAAUCUCGCUCCAGAGCUCUAGAAUGGACUGAGUCCAAUCAGAGACAGUCACCUCAAGAAUCCUCUCGCUCUCGCACAACAGUGCACACCAUCUCUCAAAAGGUUACUGCUCCAAUUAAACCUUCUCCUCCACUCAUCUCAAGCAAAUCGGCCUCCUCGAACACUCCAAUCUCGAAAGUCUCUUCUAUGCCGGGCUACACCUGUGAUGAUUGUGGACGCGACCACUUCGUUGCAGAUUGCCCUCGCUUCUCCAAGCGCUCACCUCAGGAAAAAGCUGAUGUGGUGUUACUCCGCAUCCUCUGCUCUAACUGCCUCGGUAGACAUCAUCGCCACUCUUGCAGAACGACAAAGAUCUGCAAAAUCUGUGGAAGUCGUCAUCACACUCUUCUACAUGAUGCUCCUCUCAGCAGUAAACCACACUGCAAAGUUCCACCGGUACCCCCUCGAGUGCUUCCACAAUACGCUCUCACAUCUCAAAAAUCUGCUCAAAGGGAGCUACCUCAACCACGACUCAACACUCUUCUCGCCACUGCCAUCGCCCAUCUCAUCACCUCAACAGGAUCACACACGGUUCGACUACUCAUCGACAGUGGAUCCGAGCUGACCUUCAUCUCUCAAGAUCUAGCCAGAAAACUCAACAUCUCUAGAAGGAAGUCGCAUGUUGUAAUUGUGGGAAUUCAUGGAAAGACUUCUAAGACACAAGGAUCUCUCGCCCUCACUCUCAAGUCGACGUAUGACCAUCAAACCAUAAAUAUUGAUGCUCACAUUCUCUCAUCAUCUUUCUCUAAUUUGCCUUCCUUCUUUACAUGUUUUCAGCAAUCUCUACAUCUCCAGCAUCUCAAGUUAGCUGAUCCAGAAUACCACAUCUCAAGAGCCAUCGACAUCAUUUUGGGUGCUGAUGUAUAUGGCUCAGUUGUUCUUCCUCAGAUGAAAAAAGGCCCUCCAUCAUCUCCAAUCGCGCAACUCUCAAUCUUCGGCUGGCUAAUCCUAGGACCUGUGUGUCAAGAACAGGAACGCCUUCCAAUCCAAUCUCCAAUGUUUCAUACUGUUCAAGAUGAAGACCUACAUCAUCUCCUCACUAAGUUUUGGGAACAGGAAGAAAUUCAACCAACGUCUACGUCACAUCUCACCUCUGACGAGCAAGAAUGUGAAAACCACUUUGUCUCCACUCACUCUAGGCUCUCCUCAGGGAAAUACAUGGUAAGAUUACCAUUGAAAUCAUCUAUUGACGUCUUAGGUUCUUCCAGACAACGAGCCUUCCGAUGUCUGCAAGCCUUGAUUCGGAAAUUCGACAAGGAUCCUGACUACUCUCUGCUCUACCACCAAUUUCUCGAUGAAUAUGAACUCCUCCAGCACAUGCAACCAGUCUCGUCAGAAAAGGUCAACUCAAGAUAUUUUCUUCCUCAUCACGGUGUUCUCAAAACAGACAGCUCUACAACGAAACUGCGAGUAGUCUUCAACGGCUCCAGCCCCACCUCGACUGGCAUUUCUCUCAACGAUAUUAUGCACACCGGAGCGAAACUGCAACUCGACGUGAUAGAUGUUCUUAUGUGGGUGCGUAAAUUUAAAUUUGUCUUCUCUACAGAUAUCACAAAGAUGUACAGACAGAUUCUGGUUCAUCCUGAUGAUUGGGAUCUUCAAAGCAUCCUUUGGCUCGACUCAAACAACAACGUGAAGACAUACCAUCUCACAACGGUCACAUACGGAACUAGAUCAGCUCCAUUUUUGGCAAUCAGAGUUCUUCUCCAACUUCUCAAAGAUGAGGGUCACAACUUUCCACUAGCCAUUCCUCCAUUAACAAAAGGUCGUUAUGUUGAUGAUAUUUGUGGUGGAGCAGAUACUGAACAUCAACUUCUCGAAAUUGCCAAACAACUCCAGAACCUUUGCAUGGCGGCCGGCCUUCCGCUAGCAAAAUGGCAGUCAAACAUCUCAAGUCUCUCUCACGUCACUCAAGAGGAAGAAUCAACACCCACUCCAAUCUCAUUCGAUGAAGGUUCUCACUCAACUAAAGUGUUAGGUCUAAUCUGGUACCCUCAAGAAGACCAAGCGGAAUUAUGGCUCCAAAAGUUAUCAUGGGACGAACCUCUACCUCAACUACUCCAACAGAAAUGGUACGACAUCAGUGAAGAUCUCUCCAGGCUGGCCAGCAUCACAAUUCCAAGAUGGAUUAACACUCAAGAGGAUGAAACUCACCGAAAAACUCUACAUGGAGGCACUCAACUCACUCUAGCCACGAUACGUCAAAGGUAUUGGAUUAUUGGAGGAAGAGCCCCAGUUAAAUCCCAUAUACUGAAAUGUGUUCUGUGUGCAAGGCACCGUGGUAUUCGCGCUCAACAACUCAUGGGACAGCUACCAGCAUCUCGAGUGCAGCCAUCUCGUCCAUUCCUCCACACCGGUGUAGAUUAUGCUGGUCCACUCACUCUCAAGACAUGGAAAGGAAGGGGUUCCAAAACACACAAAGGCUGGGUUUGUGUCUUCGUCUGCUUUGCCUCCUCAGCAGUUCAUCUCGAAGUUGUAAGCGAUUAUUCAACUGAUUCCUUUCUCGCUGCCUUUCGCAGGUUCACAGCAAGACGAGGAAUAUGUCACACUCUAUACUCGGACUGUGGAACCACCUUCAUCGGCGCAGACACCGCUCUCAAGGAACUUUUCACCAAGGCUUCCAGUCAAAAUCAGACCCUCUCCAAUCUACUCCUCAAUGAAGGCACUACAUGGUGUUUCAACCCCCCAGCAGCUCCUCAUAUGGGUGGAAAAUGGGAGGCUGUCGUCAAGUCAUUCAAGCACCACUUCAUUCGAACUGUCAAGGAUGUAUCCUUCACAUUAGAAGAAAUAAUGACUCUAACUUCUCAAAUCGAAGCUAUUCUCAACUCAAGACCGCUCGAACCGCUCAGUGACGACCCUGACGAUUGCAUAGCUCUCACACCUGGACAUCUCCUCAUAGGCGCUCCAUUAACAGCUGUUCCAGAACCAUCUCUUGAACAUCUCUCCACCUCUCGACUCUCAAGAUGGCAAUUUGUUCAACAACGAACUCAACAGUUUUGGACACAAUGGUCAUCACAAUAUUUGCAACGCCAGCUUUCCAUCUCAAAAUGGCACCAUCCUCGCAAUGACGUAAAGGUUGGUUCUUUAGUUCUAAUUACAGAUGAACGUACACCUCCCUGCAAGUGGCCUUUGGCAAGAGUUCUCGAUAUGCACCCUGGGCAUGACGGACUGACAAGAGUAGUCACCUUAAAGACUCCCACUACAACUCUACGUCGACCCGUUGCAAAGUUAUGCAUAUUACCAAUCCUGGUGGACUCUGAGGAUUGA